UGUGCGUGUGUGGUAGAGUAAGAGAAGGAGAGAGAGCGUGUGUGUGUUUGGAGACAUAGAGUUAUGCAGAGACCGUGUCGCGGGGUGAUAUAGCCAUUACGCACUGUUACGCACUGACAGCUACUUUCCAGAGAGGAGCUCUGUGCGCAGAGGAGCGGGAUUUUGGAUUCCUCAUAUGCACAGGAAAAAGAAAGACAUUCUCAUCAACAUUCAGUGGAUCUCCAGCAGAACAGCUUGAUCUUCAGAGCAGACCAGAGUCAGCUGCCACCCAUCCGAACAGGAAUGGUGGAUCACUUGCCGCUUGGUGAGGAGACCUUCCUGUAUUAUACUGGCUCCUUGGGGUCUGACUACAACUGCCUCUGUCGCCACGCCAAUGGUGGCGUGGCCCCGGGCAUCAUGGUAACUGAUGCAUGCAUUUACCAUCACCACCACCAUCCUUACCAAGGGUUGAUGGUCUCCACCUCGCCUCGUCUCUCCGAGGAUGACCUCAGUGACUCCUCCAGCCCUCGUUCCUCCCUCUGCUCCAGCCCAGAGUCCUCAUCGCCAGCCUUCCGGCACGUUUUCGGCUCCAGCUACGAAAGCAGGAGCAGCAGGAGCAGUGGGAGCUGUAGCUCUUCAUCUGGAGGAGAGAGUCAGGACAGCCUGCUGGACCUCCUGCUCUCACAGAACUCCCUUAGCACCUCAUUAAGUCCAAAUACCAGCAGCAGCAGCAGCUCUCUCACUUCCUCUCUUUCUUCCUCCCUAUACGUGUCCUCUCCACCUUUCUCUUCCUCCUCAUCUCUCACUGCCCCCCUUUUGCCCAUGGGCCUGGCCUGGGAGUCCAAGAGGGAGCAGCGGCUGAGUCUCCUCCAGCAGCAGUCCAAGGAGGAUUGUUACCAGUUCCCCGUCUUCCUUGAUGAGCUGCAGGAUCCUGCGGCGCUCCUUUUUCAGCCCACCCUUGAAGAGAUUGAGGAGUUCCUCGAGGAAAACAUGGUGGUGGCAAUGGAGAAAGAAGAGGAGGGGAGUGAGGCAAUGUCACCAACAAUAGAGGACACUGAGGCGAAAGGUUCAAGGACAUUAGCAGGAGAAAUUCUAUCAAUGUUUCAGAACUCAGAUCAGACUGUUCCUGUGGACACAAAGACCAAACAUUCAUCAUGUGCGUCUGACAUGGACAGCUCACCAUCAACAGUGGAUGCUACCUGCAUAAAUAGUUCUACAUAUUCUUGUAGUCAAGUUGAUGGGAUCAAACAGGAGGACCAUGAAUCAUUGCCCUCCUCAUCAGAAGAUACCAGUGCCUCCAGUGUGCCUGUCAUCCUACAAAUCCAGCCCAUACAGAUCAAACAAGAACCCAACCCCAGUGCCAUAUCAGAUGCCGUCACCCAGCAAACCCAAACACAGAAAACCCAGUCCCAGGCAACUCAGGCCCCAUCGGAUAUCAAAAUUGCCCAGCUCCUGGUGAACAUCCAAGGACAGACCUUUGCUUUGGUGCCUCAGCUGCUUUCCCCAGCAAACAUGAGUAGCUCAAGUAAAAACGGGAGCGCUACCUCAUCCAAAUUUGUCCGGAUUGCACCAGUGCCCAUUGCAGCUAAACCCAAUGACCUUGGGGAAGGUGGGUUGGGGGGCUCGUCUGCAGGGGUCCAUGUUGGAGGUCAGAGGUACCAGAAGAGUGCCGUCGCAGACCUAAUUAAAAUGCACAAGUGUUCUUUCCCCGGCUGUAACAAGAUGUACACCAAAAGCAGCCAUCUGAAAGCUCACCUGAGGAGGCACACAGGGGAGAAGCCCUUCGCCUGCACGUGGCCUGGCUGUGGAUGGAGGUUCUCCAGGUCCGACGAGCUGUCCCGACACCGCCGCUCCCACUCUGGGGUGAAACCGUACCAGUGCAUCGUGUGCGAGAAGAAGUUUGCCCGCAGCGAUCACCUGUCGAAACACCUCAAAGUCCACCGCUUUCCACGAAGCAGUAGGACAGGACGCUCUGCAAACUGACCCCUCUGACCCACUCUAAAAGACUGACGCUAAGCAGGGGGCAGGUGGCGUGUGUGUGUGUAGGGGUAUGUGUGUGUGUGUGUGAGAGAGAGAGAGAGCAAGAGAGGGGAAAGACAGAGGCGGGGGUGAAAGUCCAAACGCCCUUUAAAGAAGUCUGUGCUGGACUCUUAAAGCUCAUGUGUGUUUAUGUUCAAAUAUGUGCGUGUGACGUACAUUCAUGGUACUGUGAUAAUUUAUUGGGUGGCGAGGAAAAGACUGUAAAACCUAAACUAAAGCAGAAAACUGUUACUUGACAUAACACCCUCACAGGUGGAAUAAGCUUCUUGUAUAUUACAACAUUUAUUUGUCUCACUCGAAUCCUGUAGGUAAUCCAAUUUGAAGAAAAACUGCCAUUCAGAGGAUUUUGACACUGAGGUGUGUGUGUUAUUACUGAUGCUCGAGCCUAAAGCCUUAUAUCAGUAAAGGUUGUGAGACAGGGGUGUGUGCUACUAUUUAAACCCCUCAGUUUGUCCCUUUUCUGGAGCCAACCGUUGUUUAAAAGGAAUAUUAGUCAAAAGUCUGGCUUGAACUUUAAUGCGUCAAAAGCAAUAAGAGCCCUAUACGAUUGUAUUGUGAUCUACAAGGCGGCUUCUUUCUCGAUAGAUGGCAGAGUAAAUGAUGCCUCGACAUUCCUUCAACUUUCUUUCUGUGUCUUUGUUGCCUUUGAGUCUCGUUACAGGAAAACAACAGAGUCAUUAAAACACAAGAACAAAGCUCAUGUUGAAUUACUGCUCCCACCAACAAAGAUCAUUAUCGUGUGUCUAAUUUGCACUGGUGAGUGAGUAUUUUCAGUAUUUAGAGUAGUUGUGUUGUGGUCUGACUUCACUUAUGUACAACAAUGCUUCUUUUGGGUCUCUUUCAGUUAAAAACAACCGUUUAUCAGAAUACUUGUCAUUUUUAUGGCCUUUUUUUGAUCAAACAGAGCGGGUUUGCAGCUACAUCCCAUGAUUAUAUGUAAAAUAUUCCAAGCCAUCGUUAAAAACAAGUAUUUAUAGAAGCACGUCUGCUCCUCUGUUUUCAACUCAUGAUUAAUCACGACCUUUAUUUUCUAGUUUUGUGCUGUGAGGUGAAGUCAUAUCUUGUAGCCUAUUACUUUAUGUCACUUUAUUCACUGCUGUUAAAAAUACAUAAAAUAGGGGUCUGGUGUCAGUAUCAAUCAAUUCUAAUUCCUUUUUCUCCCUCUUCUUAAUACAGAAAAAUUUCAAUAAAAUACCAUUUUAAAUUAAAAGAAAACAUUUAGCCAUUCAAUUUAAAUGGAUUUAUCUUGUUGUCCAUUCAUUAAGAUAUUAAAAUAUCAGAUGACAAAUGAACCCAUCACUACAAAUUAAAAGCAUUAAUCCAAAAUUAAAGGCUUAUUUAUGCUCAGCGUUAAAUGUGGUUAUGCACAGAGUCUUCUGUCUGCACUCUGCAUUGAUUUUGUCCUUUUGGGUGCACGCUUUCUGAAAGCUCACUAAUUUGGAUGCAGUACCACUUAAAAAAUCAUAGGGGCAGUGUCCCCAAUAAUGGUGGAAUUUUUAUCGCAGAUUUUAUGCUUCAUCCAUCAUUUCAAGUUGGUCAGAAAUGUAAAACCGCUAUCUGCAACGCUCCAGCCGACUUUUUCUCUCUCUGUAGAUGUAGAUUAUUUCCUCCUCUGCCACCAUCGCCACCUUUGUUGUCAGAAACAACUGACUCAGUGCUGCCCUCUAAUGGAUUUUAUGAAAAGGAUGCAUGUGGGCAGUGACGGUUACAUUGUUUGAAAUGGUCGUUAUCUAUUUUCAUAUGUGAAAGGACGCACCAAUGAGCCUUAAGUAGUCAUAACAAUAGGACAACGUAAAUUGUACAAAUAAUCAGACACAACACAUAUGCUCACAUUAGCCAACAUUAGCCACCAAAAGCUACUGGUUAAACUAGACUGAGAAAGGCUGUAUCAAAACAUGCAGGAUUUAGAAACAGAUUUCGAAAUAUUAUGAAUGAAUUGUUAAUUUAAAAAAAGACAGUAAUUUGCUAUCUCUUCUGUCAAAAGUGAUACAGACUCAUCUUAACAUGUGGAAUAUUUUGCACCUACUAUAUCUCAGAGAGGAAUCUGGGAAUCACUGCCACUGAAGCAUGUUCUCUAACGAAUAUCAGGCCCCUCCACACUUCUGUCCACUGAUUUCUUUCCAAAAAUGAAAAACGUAUGAAUCCCCUUCAUUGAUCUCCUUCGCUCUUACCUUCUGUGACUUAUUGCCGCAAUUUUCUCAAAGGUUAACAGAAAACAGAAAAUUGUUCUAAGAGCAAAUAAAAUCUCUUGCCUUUGUCUUGUACUGUAAGGGAACAGUGAGUGUUGUGCUUAUUGUUGUGUUAUGACAUGUAUAUGUAUCUGCAUCUCAGCUGGAUCAAACCAAACCCGUGACUGAAGGGACACAAACUGCUGCCUGCUGCACGGAGAUGCUUCACUGUGCCACCAGGAUCAGUUGGCAUCAGUCAGUGUUGAAAUGGUUUGAGGAAGGGAUGUGAAAAAAAAGGUUCCUGGAAAUAUUUGAUGUGCUGAAACCUAUAACCUUUUUGAGUGUUGGGUACGCAGCACUUGACGCUGUAUGGAGGAAGUGGAUUAACUCUGGCAGGCAUUCCUUCCAUACGAUCAGAAGAAACACUUUUCUGAAUGGGAGCCAUAUGUGAGCCCAUGAAUGUAUGUAAAUACUGUAUAUGCAUUUGAAAAGAGAACAGAAAUAUUCUUCUAGUGAUUUCUGCGAUUGUGAAAGAUUUUUAAAAAUAUGUAAAGAAAGUGUAUAUAACAUGAUAAUUCAAAUAUAUAGUGAGAGAUUGUAGCAACUUAAGUUCUGUCCAUUGUUUACAUGACACAUCGUUAAAAAGACUCACGACAGGUUUCAUGCUAAAUCCAUGUAUCAGCAUUUCAUCUAAUGGUUUCUUGCCUGGAAUGAUUUGAACAGGUCUAAACAGCAGUGUAGAAUGUUGCGUCACGAAACAUGUAAUGAGUCAUUUUUAACUUUGUUCUGUAAACACUACAGAAAAGUAGUUGCUCAAAAAAUGUUAUAUUUUUGCUUUUGUUCUACUACGUAAAAUACAUUUACAAUAAAAAUUC